AUGAUGCAGAACGAGACAGAUGCGUCCAACGUCCGCCGCCGCCGGCUGAGCGAUGAGAGCCGUCAGGACGGUGCGGGAGGCGGCAGAGAUGAGUCCAAUCGGAAAAGGAGGCGGCGAAUUCUUUCUUGCGAUACUUGCCGUCGGCAAAAGUGUCGAUGUGAGCUAGACGAGGAGUCUGAGCAGUGCUCACGGUGUCGUUCGCUAAGAAUUAAAAGUCUGGAGGCCUCGAUAGCUGAUCUGAAAGCCACUGUGCAAAUGUUGGCGCCUAGCAUCAGGCCAGAUUUAAAGAGGACUUUGGCCGUGGGCCGUCAGGAAAGACUUAUUGCUGUUGAUAAAAAUGUUACUAGCACCAGCGUCAUAGAUGACAACGACGGGGCUGGAAUUGUCGUCAGCGGUGGUACUGGUGGUACUGUUGGUAGGUCGUCUGCAAACGAGGAUGUUGAACCGGCGGAUCGACAUGUCUACUCCUCUCCCGCCGAGGUUGUUCGAAAAGUCGGAAGCCAGCUAAGCGGAGGAUUCCGAAGAACAUUUGAUGUUCAGGCUGACCUAGUUUCUCUGGGGAUACUGAGCGAGAAGACGGCUCGCGACUUAGUCUUGGAGUUUGUCCGUCGAAGAAAAAACACCUUGCUGUUAAACAGCGAGAUCGACCUGGCCCCGAGGAAUAGGGAUCUCAGACACGCGUCACCAUUUUUGCACGACGCAUGUUGCCUGCAUGCAAUGAGAUUUUCCGAACACAGCUCUUCAGUUUUGCAUCGACGCGUGUUCGAACAUGUGCGGCUACAACUUGGCCAGCUCAUGAUUGCGAGUCCGUUGCCGCUGGAGGAGUUGAUGGGUAUUCUCAUCAUGAGUCUGUGGGCAUGCUCGCCAUCGAGCCCCGAGUAUGUCGACAGUUGGCUGUUGAGUGGGCAUUGCGCCCAGCAGGCGAUGUUGAGUAUCAACUUUUCGGAAAUUCUGAUGAGAACAAAGGCGAGGACUUCGACAGAGGAUGACCAAAGAGUCGUACGACUUUGGGCCAAUACAUGCCUAGUUAACCUCCAUUGGGCGGCUACUACAGGUAGGCCAGCGACCGUGCCUUCUGCCUACUUGGCACAAUGCAAGCUCCUCCUCAACUUUGAAGAGGUGACCAUGCGCGACGCCAUGAUGUAUGCGGAGAUCACACUGUACCUCAUCCUGCAGGACAAAUUUUCGCAGCGCUCGUACCUCGGUGCCGACGGGGAAUGCGAAGAACUUGCGGCGUGGAAGUUGAGGUGGAACUAUCUGUUUGAACUACCCGCGGCCUCGACACUGAGGAUAAGCCAUUCCAUCGCGUGGCUAAUUCUCGCCCGACGCUCACUUGAGCACGACCAGGCCUCUUCGGACGACGACUCCCUGUCAAGCUCGCCGAGGUUACAGCCAGCUGAUGCCGUGCGUCAGGAGCCGCCUUCUCACCAGAACCCAGAGCUCCACGACUUGGCGCAUGCUCGGGUAUGCGGCUUCGCGACAGAGGUGGUGAGGGCGUUCGUGGAGAUGCCAUCCACUCGGGCAGAGGAGCUGCCUGAGUUCCAUCGACUCUGUGUCGCGUACGCCAUGCUGAUUAUCUCCAAGUAUGAGCAAAAGCCACCUUAUGGCGGCGUAGAUGGUGGCAAUAACGGCGGCAGUCAUGAAGUGCUGCAAUUGCUGAAGGCGGCGCAGAAGCAGAAUUCAGUGUGGUCGGCCAGCUCGCCGUCUGCGAUUCAAUUCGGGUUGGAGAGAGCUUUGAAGAAGGUCACCGCGCGGGUCGAGGGGACGAGCGGUCCGAAUGUAGCGAACGUGGCGGCGGCGGCGGCGGCGGCGGCGGCGGCUACGCCCACAACAGCCAUCGUCACGGACAACCGCGCGCCGCACAGGAUCGCCAUGGCGUCGCCGAGCAGCCUUAGGGAGCAACAGGUAGCUGCUGGUGGUACGCCGGCGGCUUGGGGACAGCAUCAUCAAGACGCAAGGGGACGACAGCAGCAGCAACAGCCACCGUCGCACCCACAACAGGACCAUCCAUCCUCGUUCACAGGCACGACAAUGGUGCCAGAAUUUGAUGGGUCAUUCUCUUUGGAGAUGAUCGAUAACUUCUUCAAUGGGGGACACCUCAGUCUCGGAGACCCCUCACUCUUCUAG